AUGUUGGGUUUGAUUGCAUUAUCGUCAUCUUCACCUUCUACACCUCUGAAUCCAUCGAUAUCCUUUCCAUCACACCACCACAAACACCACUUCCCACUUUUAAAACAAACCACUAGCAUUACCACCCACACUCACCAAUGGAGUUUGCGUUCCUCUUAUGAAGUAGGUGGCGGUUACCCACCUGAAGAUUUAAAUUCACCCCAUAAAACCCACCUCUUCACUGCCGACCAGAGCACCGACAAUUCUAACUAUGAAGCUUUACUCAAAGGGGGUGACCAAGUCACUUCUGUUCUUCAGGAAAUGAUCAUUCUUUUGGAAGAUAUGAAUAUGAAUGAAGCAUCUGAGGAGGUGGCUGUGGAAUUGGCUGCUCAAGGAGUUAUAGGUAAAAGAGUUGAUCAGAUGGAAUCAGGUUUUAUGAUGGCCCUAGAUUACAUGAUACAACUUGCUGAAAAGGACCAAGAUGAUAAGCGCAAGGCACUUUUGGAGGUAAUCAAGGAGACCGUAUUAUCCCAUCUUACAAAGAAGUGCCCCCCACAUGUUCAAGUGAUUGGCCUGCUUUGUAGAACUCCCCAGAAAGAAAGCAGACAUGAAUUGAUGCGUCGAGUGGCUGCUGGCGGUGGUGCUUUUAAAAGUGGGAAUGGGAUCAAAGUUCAUAUUCCCGGAGCAAAUUUAAAUGAUAUAGCUAACCAGGCAGAUGAUUUACUGGAGACAAUGGAAACUAGACCAGUUGUUCCAGAUCGAAAACUACUUGCAAGGCUUGUAUUGAUCAGAGAGGAAGCUCGGAAUAUGAUGGGAGGUGGAAUAUUGGAUGAAAGAAAUGACCGUGGCUUUACUACUCUUCCUGAAUCAGAGGUGAACUUCUUAACCAAACUGGUUGCUUUGAAACCUGGGAAAACUGUCGAAGAAAUGAUAAAAAAUGUAAUGCUUGGGAAAGACGAAGGUGCAGAAAGGUAUGGAAGUGAUGAAGUUGAUACUGACGGUAGGAAAUCCAAUGGAGUUAGAGGAAGGGAAAGUGUUACGGGACUGAAACCUCUUCCUGUGCGCCCUGGCAUGUUUCUUGAGACUGUCACCAAGGUCUUAGGCGGUAUAUACUCUGGAAAUGUCCCUGGUAUUACAGCACAACAUCUGGAAUGGGUUCAUCAGAAAACCCUUCAAGUUCUUGAGGAGAUAGCAUUCUAAUAAUUACCGUCGGAGAUGUCCCAUUCUAUUAUUAACCAUUUUUUGUUGUCUAAUGCUGUUGGAGUUUUGAAGAAAAUGGAUUAUAGCUUAUGUUUGGUAAAUACUUCUUCCAACUCUUAAGCACUCACUGGCUGAGUAGUUGUUAAAUGUAUGAUUGAUUGUAUAUAAGUUCAAGAAAAUUUUGCCCUUCAACAUUUUACACAGCAGAAGUAUUCCUUGAAUAAUAUGUUGAUUUCCCCAUAACCUUUCAAUUUU